AUGUCUAAAAUUGUAUUAUUAAAUUUGUUUAUAAUUAUAUUUACAUCAUUGGUUGUUGGUCAAUUUACUAAUGACGAACUACAAACGGUUAUUGCUUAUCAUAACUAUCUGAGAACCUAUCCAAGUCCACCUUCUGCGACUCCACUUACACCAUUGACCUAUGACCAAGGGAUUGCCGACAUUUUAAAUAAAACCAUGAGCACAUGUUCAGGAUGGAGUCCGAUCGCCAUGCAAGGUACCGGUUCGGAAUGGCAAUAUUGGUGGAACCCUGCGUCUGCUUUUAGUGUAGCUAGCCAAAUGGAUAUGAUUGCUGAACAAUCCUUCAACUAUGAUUGGAAUGUUCUAAAUUGUCAAGAAAAUACUGUUUGUCUUCCAUGGUUAUAUAUUGUUUGGUCAUCUGUAUCUAAAUAUGGUUGUGCAAAAGCUAUUUGCAAUGGUCAAGCCCAUAUGGGUUGUACAUAUCAGUCACAAGGUGGCUUUGAUGGAGUUGCACCAUACCAAGUAAAAGUUACUCCAACACCAACUCCUACUCAAACUCCUACUCCAACUUCAACUCCAUCAUCAACUCCAUCACAAACACCUACCCAAACACCAACACAAACACCAUCACCAUCUCCAAGUUCGACUCCUAAAUCUGAUUCUCUAACUAUCGAUUGGAGAAAUGGAUAUGUAACACCAAUUCGUAACCAAGGAAAUUGUGGAAGUUGUUGGGCAUUCGGAUCUGUAGCAGCAAUGGAAUCGAGAUAUCUCAUCAAGAAUGGAAAUUCCCAAGUAUCGACACUUGAUCUAUCGGAACAAAAUGCAGUAAGUUGUCUUCCCAACGGUUGCGAGGGUGGCUGGAUUAAUAAGGUAUUCGACGCAUUCCAAUCGCCAGGUAUCGCCUAUGAAUCUGACAACCCAUACUUGGCUGAAGACGGUCAGCCAUGUAGUUACACCUCACCCAACAACCAUCCUAGAUUCUUCUUCAACGGCUACGGUAGUACCUCCAAUUCCAAAGAUGAACUGAUCAAUGAGCUUCAGAACGGACCGGUAACUGUUGGUCUUUGGGUCGAUGAUAGUUUCCAACUGUACUCCUCUGGUAUCUUUACAUGUAGUCAAGUGUACACUACGACCAACCACGUUGUUUUGGUCGUCGGUUACAAUCAAGAGCAAGACUACUAUAUCAUUAAGAAUUCUUGGAGUACUCAAUGGGGCAAUUCGGGGUAUAUGUAUUUAAGUGCCGCUAACGAUAACUGCUGCAUGCUUACCUAUGGUGGAUACUAUCCAACAUUCUAA